CCCUCAAGCAAUGCCGCUGCGCCUGCUGCGUCUCGCGCCAUUGCGCGCUGCAGCCGCACGGCGCUGCGUCUCGACCUUCGCGGCGCCGACGCACUCGUGCGGCGCCCUGCGUGCCUCGCAUGAAGGGCAGCGCGUCGUGCUCGCCGGCUGGCUGCUGCCGGCAAAGAGGCGGGCGCGCGAGGACCUGGCGUUCCGCGUGCUGCGCGAUGCAGACGGAGACACGCAGCUCGUGCUCAGAGGCAACAUCGAGGAGAAGGACUUGAUGAAUGAGAGGGCGCAGAGCGUGCUGUGCGUAGAGGGUGUGGUGCGGGCCCGCGGAGAGGGGCGCGAGAAUGAGCACAUGGCCACCGGCGCAGUCGACGUCGAGGUCGAGUCGUACACGCUGCUCAACGCCGCCAGCGAGCUGCCAUUCGAACCGUCCUACGGGUUCGAGCGCGGCUUGCCAGCACGCGAGGAGCUGCGGCUGCCGCACCGCUUCCUCGACCUGCGCCGGCCAAAGCUCACAAACAACCUGCAGCUGCGCAGCCGCGUGACGCACGCCGCACGCUGCUUCUUGCACGACGCUGGGUUCGCCGAAGUGGAUACUCCCGUCCUGCUGCGCUCGACGCCCGAGGGCGCCCGCGAGUUCCUCGUGCCGACGCGCGUGGGCGCCGACGAGGCACCGGCGUUCUACGCGCUGCAGCAGAGUCCACAGCAGCCCAAGCAGCUCCUGAUCGCCUCGGGCGCUACACAGCGCUACUUUCAGCUGGCGCGCUGCUUCCGUGACGAAGACGGCCGCAAGGACCGCCAGCCUGAGUUCACGCAGCUGGACAUUGAGAUGGCCUUCGUGCAGGGCGCGCCGCGAACAGUCACAGACAAGUGGCGCAUGGGAGGCGAAGAGGUGCGCAACGUCGUCGAGGGCGUAGUGCGUCGCAUGUGGACCGAGGGCCGCGGCGAGGAGCUGCCGGAGCGCUUCGACGUCAUGCCGUAUCAGGAAGCCAUGGCGCGCUUCGGCUCGGACAAGCCAGACCUGCGCUUCGGCCUCGAGAUUUGCCCAAUCUCGCACGUGCUGUAUCCUGCGAGCGCGGCCAGCAGCAGCGCUCCGCCGAGCAGCAUCGUUGAGGUGCUACACUACACGCCGGGCCCGGACGGGCAGCUCAACAAGAAGGCGAUACAGCAGCUGCUGGGCGACAAGGAGCGCGCGGCCGAGGUCGAAGUCUUCAAGGCAACGUCGGAUCUCUCCGCGCUGCUGCUCACAAAGAGCAGACAUGUGCGCGAGUACCUCGCCGAGCAGCACAUCGCAGCGGACGAGGUGCCGCGCGAGCAGCUGGCCAAGGCUCUCAGCGCAGCCGCCGAUGCCGGCCGCCUCUCCGCUGAGGAGACCUCGGCAACUAUGGCGGCUCUACUUGAGCAGCAGAGCCCCGCUCCCGCGAUUAUCGCAACGCGAGAGAUCCCGCCCCAUAUGGCGACUGAGGAGGCCCCUCGCGCACCAGCCAAAGAGGCGUCCCCUGCGUUCCUGUUCGUGGCGCGCCGACCAGCACGCGCCGACGGCGGGAGCACAUUGCUCGGCGACCUGCGCUUGCGUCUAGCGCAGGAGCUGGAACACCGAGAAGGCGGCUUUGCUCGCUCACCUCGGCCGCACUUCGUGUGGAUCACCGAGUUUCCGCUCUUCACGCGCGCCGACGACGACAAGGCGCACCUGGCGCGCGGCCGCUGGUCCAGCACGCAUCAUCCGUUCACUGCGCCGAUGGCUGAGGAUGUGGAGCUGCUGGGCUCGCGCGAUGCGCCGGCUAGCGAUGAGCAGCUCGCGCAGAUCCGAGGACAGCACUACGAUCUCGUCCUCAAUGGCCAGGAGGUGGGCGGCGGCAGCGUGCGGAUACACGGCGCGGACAUGCAGGAGCAUGUCAUGCGCAACGUCCUGCGGCUCACUGACGAGGAGGUCGGACGCUUCGGCCACCUGCUGCACGCGCUGCGCUGCGGCGCACCACCGCACGCAGGCCUUGCCAUCGGCAUGGAUCGCUUCAUGGCCAUCAUCUGCGACGCCUGGUCCAUCCGCGACGUCAUCGCCUUUCCCAAGAGCGCCGGCGGCAGUGAUCUCCUCUUCCGCAGCCCCGCCGCAGCAGCCGCCAGCGCCGCCGAGGAGGCCGACGUGCUGGCGCAGUACGGCCUGCGGCGGACAUGACAAUGGCACGCAUCUGCCACAGUAGCAUCUGUCGCAUUGCAGACGAGUC